AUGGAGCUGACGCCAUUUGCCACGGCUCCUGAGACAUAUGGCCAAAUUCCUAAAAAAUUACGGGCAUCACUGCUCACCCGACUGCCACGACCUGCAGACUUACCUCGGGGCAACACACGGAGCCGGUACGUGCCAUUCUUUCAAUCUGGGCUGAUAAGGUGGAAAAAAUACGGGAAAAAAGGCUUGCAGCCUACCAUCUCUUCCCAGGCCUCGGAAUCGAGGAGAGGCAGAAUCCGUUCCAGAUAUUGGACAUGAGAGCCGAGACAGCUAA